AUGUCCGCAAUCCGCUCAGCAACCAGGGUAGCCACUCGGUCCAUCAAGCCCACCAUCGCUCGCCGCAGCGCCAGCACCAUCCCCCCUCCUCCCCCUGCUGGAGGUGUCCGACCGGUCGUGGUCAACACUCCCGGACCCAAUGUGCCGCCACCCCCACUGGGCUCCGCGCCCCCUCCCCCUCCCCCUCCUCCCCCACCACCAUCGGGAGGUGGAUCGGGACUGAUGUACGCUGCCAUCGCUGCCGCCGCCGUCGGUCUCGGCUACUACUUCCUCGCCGGUGAGAGCAAGGAGGACCUCAAGGCCAAGGCAGACAAGAUGAAGGGCAAGGCCGACAACAUGCUCGGCAAGGUCGAGGGCAAGGCUCACGAGCUGUCCGGCAAGGCCCAGGGCGCGUACGAGGAGGCCAAGGGCGACGCCAAGUCCAAGUUUGCUGAGCUCAAGGGCGACGCACGGGGCACGUUCGAGUCGGCAAAGGGUGAUGCCAAGUCGGCUUACUACGAGGCCAAGGGCGAUGUUAAGUCGGCUGCCGCUGAUGCUGAGAGGCGCGUCAGAUAG